AUGGAUACGAGAAUCAACUUAUCUUCAUUGAAGGAUAAGAUUGCCAGUAAGUUGGGUUCUCUGACCAAGGGUAAACCUGGUAAGAAGAAUUCUUCCAAACAAAAAGAUUCCAAGAAGAUUGUUGAAAAGGUUGAAAGUAAGAAAUCCAAACCUGCCACCACUGAAGAUGAGACUGAAGAUGAUAUUUUACGUCGUGAAGCCUUGUCAUUGGGAGCCACUGAAGAAGAUAUAGCAUUAUUAAACGGUGUUGAUGAAGGUGAAGACAGUGAACAAGAGUUCAACGGGAAUGAGGACAAUGAUGAUAUCAAAGAUGAUUUAAAAGCUUUCAUCAAAGGUAUUGGAUUGAAAGGAGAAGUUGAGAUAGUCGAAGAUAUUCCUGAACUAGUCGAAGGAGACGAAGAGGAAGUUGAAGAAGAAGAUGUUGAAGAAGCUGAAGAAGAGGAAGAAGAGGAAGUUGAAGAAGAAGAGGAAGAUGAUGUUGAAAAAGAACAGGAACAAGAACAAGCUAAAGAAAAAGAAAUCGAUACCAAAUCCGAAUCUUCUGAAUCUGAAUCUGAAUCUGAAUCUUCAGACUCUUCUGAUUCUGAAUCUGAACCUGAAGUCGAAAUGGAAGAACAAAAACCAGAACCAAUUCCUCAACCUGUAGAUGAUGGUAAAAUUACCGAUUUUUCAGCUGUUGAUAAUUCUAAACUUAAAAUCCCAGGUCGUUUAGACUGGUAUAACACCCCUUUAUCAUCAUUUGAACCACAAAGAUUAGAUAAAUUCGGUAUAGACAGAUUAUUAGAGAGAGCUCAAAAAGCCAUCAAUACUGAUAAUGAAACAUAUCUUAAGGAAUUCACUUCCAAUAAUAGUCAGAAAAAGUUCUUGUCACAAAUUUUAAAAGAUGGUACCUUGAACGAUAAAAUCAGUGCAUUGACAUUAUUGAUUCAAGAAAGUCCUUUGCAUAAUAUCAAAGCCAUGGAUACAUUAUUGAAUUUCUGUGAGAAGAAAUCAAGAACUGCUGCUUUACAAGCUAUAAAUGCUUAUAAGGAUUUGUUAGUUAAUGGGUUAUUGCCUGAUAGAAAGUUAUUACCUUUCAACAAAAGACCAUUAUCCACCACUUUAUCCGAUACUCAUUUAGCUAUCUACUAUUUUGAAGAUUACGUAAAGAAAUCAUAUUUCAAAUUGAUUGAAAUAUUAGGUCAUUUAUGUCAUGAUCCUAUUGUUCAUGUUAAGAUGAAUAUUUUGACCCACAUUUUUGAUUUAUUAAAAGCUAAACCUGAACAAGAAGCCAAUCUUUUAAGAUUAGGUGUUGAUAAAUUAGGAGAUGUUGAAAAUAAAGUUGCUGGUAAAACAUCAUUCCAAAUUCUUCAAUUAGAACAAGCUCAUCCAGCUAUGAAAAAAAUCAUUUGUAAUUCUAUCAUCGAUAUUGUUUUCAAGACUAAUGUCGAACAUAAUGCUCAAUAUUAUGGAGUCUUAACUUUAAAUCAAACCAUUUUAACUAGAAAAGAUGAUGAGUUAGCUAAUAUUUUGAUCAAUACCUAUUUCUCACUUUUUUCAAAAAUUUUGAUUGAAAGUGAUCCAAAGACCAAAGAAGCUGAAACUGGUGAUAAGAUAUUAGGUAAAUCUGAUAAAGGUAGAAAGAAUAACCGUAAGAAUUUCAAAAAGGGUAAGAAAGGAGGAAAAUCCGUUAAACAAACUGUUAAAACUGAAAGUGAACUUAUUGAAGAAAAGAACUCAAAAUUAUUCUCUGCAUUAUUGACAGGUUUAAAUCGUGCUUUCCCAUUUUCCACUUUAUCGAAUGAAACUUAUGAUAAACAUUUAAAUACAUUAUUCAGAAUCACCCAUUCAUCAAAUUUCAAUACUUCUGUUCAAGCAUUAGUGUUGAUUAACCAUAUAAUCACCAAACAAAAUUUGAAUGCUGAUAGAUAUUACCGUGCUUUAUAUGAAUCAUUAUUAGAUGAGAGAUUACUUAAUUCUUCUAAACAAGGUAUUUACUUGAACUUAUUAUUCAAAUCAUUGAAGAAUGAUCCUUCUAACGAAAGAGUUUUAGCAUUUGUUAAGAGAAUUUUACAAAUUUGUAAUCAUUGGCUUAACGUUGGUACUAUAACAGGUAUGUUAUUCUUAUUGCAAGAGUUAUCCAAAGAUCGUCCACAAAUUCAAGAUUUAAUGAUUGAUAUGAACUCCAGACCUGAUAAAGAAGGUGAAACUGGGGAAGUCAAAGAAGUUGAAACUCAAGAAACCAAAGAAACUGAAGAAUAUGAUAGUAGAAAAAGAGAUCCUAAAUUCGCUAAUGCUGAUAAAUCAUCAUUAUGGGAAAUUAACCAAUUCUUAAAUCAUUAUCAUCCAACCAUUUCUAUCUAUGCCCAAUCGUUGUUGGAUGGUGAAUCUCAAGCCAAACCAGAUUUAGGUUUAUACACUUUAAGUCAUUUCUUGGAUAGAUUCGUUUAUAAAAAUUCCAAGCAAAAGGCUGUCACAAAAGGUUCCUCCAUUAUGCAACCUUUGGGAGGUGCUCACACCGGUUCAUUAUUAGUUAAAGCAACUAAUGUUCUUAAUCAUGAUGUUCCUGUUAAUACUGAAAAUUGGUUGAACAAAAAAUCUCAAGAUAUUAAACCUGAUGAACAAUUCUUCCAUCAAUAUUUCACUACUAAAGUAACUAAAGUCAAAGGAAAGAAAGCUAUCAAAGAUGAAGAUGGUGAUAAAUCUGAUUUGGAAGAUGAUGAAGUUUGGAGUGCAUUGGUUAAAUCUAGACCUGAUGUAGAAGCUGAUUCAGAUGAAGAAUCUAUUGGAUUUGAUGAAGAAGAUUUCUCUGAUCUUGAUGAUGAAGAAUUAAACCAAGAUGAUGAGGAUGAUGAAGAUGAACCUGAAUUGCCAGAUAGUGGAGAAGAAAAUAUUCAAGAAGAUAUUAAUGACAGUGACGACAUUGAACAAAAUGAGGAAUUCGGAGAUAGUGAUGGAGAAGCAUUCAUAAAUAAUGAAGACGAAUUCGAUAGUGAAGAAUUCGAAUUACCAGAAAUCGAAUCAGAAGAUGAGGAACCACAACAAGAAUCCAAAAAACGUAAGGCUGAUGAUACCAAAUCCAAAAACAAGAAACAAAAAGUUAAAGAUUUACCAGUAUUUGCUUCCGCCGAUGAUUAUUCUAAAUAUUUAGAUUCUGAUGAUGAAGAUUAUAGUUAA